GCCGCCCCACAGGAGACGGCAGGCGGCCGGUCCCGCCGACCCACUUCCCCUCGCCCGCCACAAGCGGGCAGGGCUUCCCCUCUGUGGGGCUGGGCACGUUGUAACGAGGCUUCGCGGCUGCUAACCUGGCCCGGUGGGGAGGAGUGAGAGGAGGAGCCAGGGCGGCCUGUGCGACAAAGCCCAGUGCGCAGGGAGCUGGUGACCAGGAAGCAGAACAGCGCUGGGCUGCCGUGGGGCGGGUGGACCCCACCGGAGCCCGCUGCUUCACGCCGCCCCUCCGGGGGGUGGGAGGCUCAGUCCUGCCGCCCCCCCCGGCUCGGGGGUCGGGGCGGCUGUGGAGUGAAGCGGGAGGCGGCUGGGCUGCUACUGCUGCUAAGCCGCUUAGGGCCGGGGCUGGCAUGAGCCUCCCCGGCGGGGCGGCUGCGGGCUGUGCGCUGCGGCGGGGAGGCUGAGAGCCCGGAGCCGCCGCCGGCGGGGGCUGGCGGUCCGUUACUGAGGAGGAGGAGGAGGAGACGGCGGAGGGGGAGCCCCGUAACCGGGGGGGAAGAUGGGGAACUGCCUCAAGUCCCCCACUUCGGAUGACAUCUCGCUGCUUCACGAGUCCCAGUCGGACAGGGCCAGCUACGGGGACGGGGCUGAGCCGGAUCAGGAGCCGCCGCCGCCAUAUCAGGAGCAGGUCCCCGUUCCUGUUUAUCACCCAACUCCCAGCCAGACUCGGCUAGCAACACAGCUGACAGAAGAGGAACAAAUCAGAAUAGCGCAGAGGAUAGGCCUUAUUCAGCAUCUACCUAAAGGAGUCUAUGAUCCUGGAAGAGACGGCUCCGAGAAGAAGAUCAGAGAAUGUGUCAUUUGUAUGAUGGACUUUGUUUAUGGGGACCCUAUCCGAUUUCUGCCGUGCAUGCACAUUUACCACCUGGACUGUAUAGAUGACUGGUUGAUGAGAUCCUUUACCUGUCCAUCCUGCAUGGAGCCAGUGGAUGCAGCACUGCUUUCAUCAUACGAGACUAACUGAGCCAGGGUUUCUCCACUGAACCUUCAAGGAGACCAUCCACUUUAAGGGGUUUGAUCCUUUUGUCAUUCAGCCCAAAGAGCCAGAAAUUAGGAAUUAAGAUCAUGCACAAAGUAUAUGUUUCCUAAUAAAGAAAUAAAAAAUAUUCCUGAAUGGCUGCAAAUAUUGGAAAAAAAACAUAGUAUUUUAGAGACGAUAGAGAAGUAGGUCGUUAUUUUUAAUGUAAAGCCUUGACCCACCAUUGUCUUUUAAUGUUUGUUCUUACACCCAUAUAUAGGAAUUGUGUAAAGUGUUACAGCAACUGUAAAUGUUUAAACUCCGUGUAUCCAAUUUUAUUAGCAGCGAGAUAAGAGUAUUUUUUUCCUAAAUAAAGUAACCAGUUUUGUUCUGAUUCUUUUCACAAGUCCUGGCAUUUGGGUCAAGGCUUUAUCGAAAUCUACAUUUUAUAACACUGGCACAAAGAAAUAGGUUUAAGCUUGUUUGCACAGUUCUUUUUCUUUUUCCCUUUUUUCCCCCCCUUUUUUUUUUACUCCAUUGGAGACGGAAUUCAUUGCCUUAGGUCUUUUUAAUAGUGUAUUGUUAUUGUUGGGCUGGCUCUAUGCUUGAAAACCAGUUUAUUUAUAACCUGUUAAAAGUGCUAUAUUUUGUUUGCAGUUAGGAAUAUGCAGACUUCAAAGUGAUCUCCUAGCUUGUAAGCAAACUGAGAUGCAUUAUCCCUUUUCUACAAGUGAGGUGCAAUGUGAAGAUACAAAACAAGUCCUGCAGUGAAAUUAUGGUUUCAUGGUUUUUAUCACUUGCUUUGGUUCUGAUGAAACAACAGGCGUUAAAGUCUAAUGGCACCUUUAACUUGCUCAGAUUAAAAGUGGGCCAGGAGGGCAAUAAAUAGUUACCAUGACUGAGAGAAAAAGAGAAAUAAAAUUGGAACUAAUGUAGUGUUAGCAGUGAUCAUUUACUCUACUUUAUUUCUUCCUAAAAAUGGUUGUCUUGGAUUAUAGCAAAUGGAUACUGCAUCUCUUGUUCUUGUAGUUCUUAGGUUAUCAGAAGUUAAGAAUAAACAUACUGUAUCUCAGU